AUGGCGGCGAGGAAAUUACAACAAGAAGUCGACAAGUGCUUCAAAAAGGUGGCCGAGGGGGUCGCUGAAUUUGAAGCCAUCUACGACAAGAUCGAACAGUCGAAUAACCCAGCACAAAAGGAAAAGCUCGAAGACAACCUCAAGCGCGAGAUCAAGAAGCUCCAACGUUUGCGAGAUCAGAUCAAAACAUGGGCGGCGAGCAACGACAUCAAGGACAAGGCUCCUUUAUUAGAGCAUCGCAAGCUCAUCGAGACGCAAAUGGAAAAGUUCAAAGCCGUCGAGAAGGCUAUGAAAACCAAGGCUUACUCCAAGGAGGGUCUAUCGGCGGCGGCCAAGUUGGAUCCAAAGGAACAGGCAAAGGUCGAGGCUUGCGAAUUCCUCGGUAACAUGGUCGACGACCUGGAACAACAAAUCGAGUCCCUAGAGGCCGAGAGCGAAUCCAUACAGGCGACGAUGAAAAAGGGCAAGGGCCAGGCCGCCAAGGCGGAACGGAUGGCCGAGAUCGACCGGAUCAUAGAAAGGCAUAAAUGGCACCAAGGCAAGCUGGAGCUUAUUCGAAGGUCUUUGGAAAACGGUGCUCUUGAGACGGAGCAGGUAAACGAAAUGGAGGAGAAUAUUCGAUACUACGUCUCGGAUAAUAUGAAUGACGAGUUCAUAGAAGACGAGGGCAUAUACGACGAGUUAGAUUUGGAGGACGAGGAAGGCACGUAUGGUAUGGUUCAGGAGAACGAAAAGAGCUCAUCUCAAGAUGCACAAUCCGUUCAGGAUGAAGUUACUCCCGAGCCCGAUCUGUCCUCAAAACCUUCGAGGAAGUUACCCAAGGAAAUCGAGGCCUCGGGGCGGAAAGCGUCAUCGCAGACCAGGUCUCCGUUGCCGGCACUUGCUACGCUCCAUACCCCUUUAUCUUCAGCUACUAGCGGUGGUGUUGCAAAUUCGUCAAUGAAGCCUGCUGCUGCACCUGCGAGACCAGCAGGAGAGGGUCUCAAGUAUGCGUCUGCCGCGGCCGCUGCGGCCGCAAGCGAGAAGGGCAGUGUAGGGAUUGCGCCUUUGCCGCCGCCACCGGGAUCGAGCGUGGGUAUAUCGCCUCUGCCACCAGUUCAGUCGAGAACAAGCGCAACAGAUUCCCCGGCCAUCACUCCAGCACAACCAGCAACAAGCUCAGAAUCGAAAGCCCCAGCCCCAGCGCAGCCAGCCGAGCCCGACAUUUCCAUCACGACGAAGCCGUCCAAGAAAAAGGCCGCGGGAAAACAACCUGCUGUUGCCCAGCACGCGGACAGCUCAACUGUCCAGGCGAACGGGGCCACCAACGGUAUCAAGCCGAUCGUGGAGGAGCCAGAGGAGUCCAUUUACCACUUGCCUUCAUCAUUGCAAGAUUUAGUCGAUUCUUAUGAAGCAUCAAGGAAACGGCCCAUGCACCCAUCCUCACAGCCCACACUGCGACUGAUGGCGGCCAGCCAGGCGGCCUUGCCAGACGUGGUAGAUGCCGACGUCCCUCGAAAUUACCGACCAGAUUUGCCCAUGCCUCAAACGGGGUCCGGCUUUCCUCGCGAACCGCUACCCAUCUUUGACGACCCUCGCCUGUAUGGAAGAAUAGACCCCGACACUCUGUUCUAUGUCUUUUACUACAAGCAGGGAACCGCUCAGCAGUAUCUCGCUGCCAAGGCACUCAAGGAUCAGAGCUGGCGAUUCCACAAGCAAUAUCAGACGUGGUUCCAGCGACAUGAGGAGCCCAAAAAUAUCACGGAGGAGUUUGAGCAGGGAACAUACCGCUUCUUUGACUACGAAAGCACCUGGAUGAACCGCAGAAAGGCAGACUUUAAGUUUGCCUACAAAUUCCUCGAAGACGAGGUGUGA